CCAAACUCCCUCGAUUGCAAUCCAUAACCGGAAAUGGCGCCAUCUUCGUGUUCGUUGGUCUGUAAUCAGCCACCCUUUACUUCCGCCAAAACCCCAACCGCCACCAUUCUUACCCUGCGCAACGCCGGCCUUAACCUACACCCGCCUCAUCCGCCCCUUCACCCUUCCUUUGCUCUUUCUUUCUCAAUCCUCUCUUCGGAACCCCUCUCCGUAAAAGCAUCCCUUAUCCCUCUCCGUUCCUCGCAUCCCCAGAGAUACGUUUACCCUGACCCUGUCCCUGAGUUUGCGGAAGCCGAGACCCGGAAGUUUAAAAGUGAGCUUUUCAAGAAAUUAUACAAAGACAGAGACAAAUUUGGUGAUGAACUUGAUGCUGUUAUUGACGUCUGCGUUGAGGUAUUUAACAAUUUCUUGCACAACGAGUAUGGAGGACCUGGAACACUGCUGGUGGAGCCUUUCACGGAUAUGUUUGUAGCUUUGAAGGAGAAGCAAUUACCGGGGCACCUCUUGCUGCUCGGGCGUCGUUGUUAUGGGCCCAAAAUCAUGUCGAUCAUGAUUGGGAGGUUUGGCACUCAAACUCUCCCAGAUGAUUUCCUUCACAUAAUUCGUAACAAUUUUUGUCACAUUAUCUUCACAUUGUAA